AACCAACCAGCGAUGGGCGGCAAGAGGAAGCGUAAUGACAGCUCUGCACCAACGCAACCGGGCAACGGCAAGGCGAACAGUAAGGCCCACCAUGGCCAGAAGAAGCACAAGGUGUCAAACGCGAAGAAAGUGAGUGGAUUUGCUGCUCAGAAGACACAGGAGAAGGCGAAACCCGCCGCAGUGGCCAACUCGAAUUGGCUGGCGCUUAAGAGCAAAAUCCAGCAGAAGGACCAACGCCAUAAGGGUGGCAAGACGCUCGAGAAGAAACAUGAUUUGGAUGUGAAAGCUCAAAAGCAGCGCGUUAAGCAGGAGAAGCAGGUUAAGCGCAUGAAGGCUCGCACAGCCGAAUGGGUGGACAACUCGCUUAUCGUCGGUAUGGAUUGCGAAAUGGUAGGCGUCGGCCUUUCAGGCAAGACGAGCGUGUUGGCACGUUGCAGUAUCGUAGACUACGAUGGCAACGUGCUGUAUGACAAGCAUGUUCGUCCUGUGGAAAAGGUCACGGACUUCCGAACGCAUGUCAGCGGCAUCAAGUCCAGCUCGCUACGACGCGCGAUCCCCUUUGCCCAGUGCCUGAAGGAAGUGGGCAAAUUGCUACAAGACAAGAUCGUUGUGGGUCAUGCAUUGAAGAAUGACUUCCAAGCGCUUAUGUUCUCGCCUCCCAAGCACCUGAUCCGCGAUACCGCCUACUACCGUCCGUACAUGCGUCGCAAAAUGAACGGCACGAAACUGUAUCCAAAGUCGUUGAAGAACUUGACGGCGGAAGUGCUGGGUAAGCAGAUCCAGACCGGACAGCACGACUCUGUUGAAGAUGCACGCGCCACACUGGAGCUGUACAAACGCGAGCAGUAUGCGUGGGAGAAGUAUCUGCGCACGAACAAGAGCAGCAGCUCGCUGGCGGGCGUAGCGCCGGCUCUUCCAGUGAAGGAGACGGAGGAUGACUCCCCGAAACCGCUCUCUGCUGCUGCUAAGGCUCAUCUAGACAGUGACGACGAGGAAAUCAGCACUGGACGAGGUGCCAUGGCUGUGCCGGAUUCGAAGGAGCUUGCUCUCAUGGAAUACGGCGAGUAA